GUUUGCAGUCGGCUUCUCACCCUUUCACUCAAACCAUCUAUUACACCUUCAAGUGGUCUCCCGUGUCGAAACAUCUGAUUGUCCUCUACUGACCUUGGCAAGAACAAAACACUGAUCUCGCUUAAAUUUUCCGUUUUUUUUUCAUUUGAUUCUACUUCAAUAUGCGAAAAUUUUUACUGAUAUCAUUAUGUGCCACGUUGGCAUCAUGCCAGGUGGCAACUCAAGAUCUUGUAGACAUGAAUCCACUUCUAUUCAAUGAUCGAACUUUGAAAGGAUCAGGAGUACUUGCUCGAGUGACACCAACAGGAACCCAAUAUGUAGCUUCUGUAGUUGCAGCUGCAUUCUCUUCACAUUUCGCAGACAUCAAGCCGCCAAAAGAACGAAAAGAUCAUCAAUUAACAACAAUAUCCACAGUAACUUUAAGACGUUUGAUGCUUGAAACAUUACAAUUAGACAAGCAACUUGUUACAACUACAACGUCAGAUGGUCUACUCCGAAUCACUGUUCAAAACAUCUCAGUUAGUUCAUCAGCGGUUUUAAGUGGAGAGUUGAGAGAAAUCAAACUUCAAGAUAAUGUGACUUUCCGGACAGCAAACUUGAGAAUAGAUACAGCUAUUCGAAUUAUGAAAAAUGCCGGAGGAAAUCCAGCAUUGAAAAUGGAAAGUUGUAAAAUCGUUACCCAAGGAAUUAAACUCGUCACUAAACCAAUGGACCCUCGAAAUGGAAAGUCAUUGGCUGAUGCAAUUGCAAAUGAUGCCAACACAAUGUUCUCUGACUUGAUUUGCUCGAAAAUCGAUCAUAUUGUAAGCAAUCGUGUGAAUCAAAGAUUCGCCCUUCUGUCCAGCAGAAUUUCAUUGGAAGACUCAAAGAACUUUGAUAUUGUUAAAAUUAUCAUGCAAGCCGAGGAGAGAUUGAAGAGGCUCGUCAGACAAAACAUGCUCCGAUCAAACAAAACAAUUCGACGAAACGUUCAUGCUCACAAUGCUCGCAGAGUUUCAAGAGAUCCAGUAAGGGGGAAACGACAAGCAGAUGAGGACAAGUUCCAUUUGAUUCUCAACUCUUUCAACUUUUCUCGUGCCGAUUCCUUGAUGCUUGAUUAUUCAAUGCUUUCACCACCAUCAUUGACAUCUCGUGGAAUCGAGCUUCAAACAUCUGGAGAAGUUUUUCAAAAAGGACACGUUACACCAUUUGGAGCUGGUCCAAUCUUCCUUCCACGUAUCCCAAAUCCAUCUCAAAUGCUUCAAAUCGUUGUCAGUGACUUUGUUCCAAACUCUCUAAUGUUCCACGGACAUCGAAUCAAACUUUUCGACACACGAAUCGAUUGGAUGACACCACAAUUUGGACCAGUUAUGAGAACAACUUGUGAUUUGAGUACUGGAUCGCUUUUCUGUAUUGGUGAUUUGUUCCCAGCAUUGAGAGAAAUGCUUCCGGAUAGAAAUGUUGCUUUCCUUUUCACCACGUUGCGAGCACCUGCGGUUAUUAUGCAACCAGAAGAAAAAGGUGGAAUCCACUUCAGUCUUCGUGGUCUAAUCCGUUUGGUCUCUGAUAGAAACGAGCCAAUUGGAGAAAUGGAAAUUCGAAUUGAGGCACUUAUGAAAAUGAAGUUGACAUCAAAAAGUGUUAAGGGAAAAGUUACAAUUGAAGAGAUUCAAUUCACAUCCCGUUCUCCACGAAUCUUGCUCCAAGAAGAACUUGAUGAUGCUGGUUUUCUUUCUCGUGAAAUUCUUCAAAGAAUGGUCAAUGAUAUUCUUCGUCAAGGAAUUCCAAUUCCAAUUCAUCCACUUUUCAAAUUAGUCAAACCAAAACUGACACUUUUGUCACGUUCUAUGCUUCUUGAAACUAAUUUCUUGCUCAAUGAGCACAUAAUUGCUCAAUUGACAGCUGAGGCACUUGUUGCUUGAACGAGUUCAAAUAUAUUUUGUACGGGCCUAAUCAAUUCAUGAUCUCGUAUUUUCCCAGUCUUUUGUAUGUAUAAAACUGUGUUUUUUUCAAAUAAAAUAAUAUAAAACA